AUGGACCCGCCGAGGAUGGACCCGCCGGGGCCGGCGCAGGGCCAGCACCAGCACGAGCCCAUCAGCUUCGGUAUCGACCAGAUCCUCAACAGCCCCGAGCAGGACAGCGCUCCCCCGCCGCCCCCCCGGGGCCCCGACGGCGCGACCUUCCUGGGCGGCCCCGGCGGCCGCGGCGGUGCGCCCUACCCGGCCCUGCCGGCCCCCUUCCCGGCCAUCGCCGCGCCCUUCGAGGACUCGGGAUCGUACAGUGUGAACCUCAGCCUGGCCCCGGCCGGCGUGAUCCGGGUGCCGGCGCACAGGCCCAUCCCCGGGGCCGUGCCGCCGCCCAUCUCCAGCGCCAUCCCGGCCAUGCCCGCCGUGCCCAGUCUGGGCAGCCUCAACUUCCCCUGGAUGGAGAGCAGCCGGCGCUUCGUCAAGGACAGGUUCACAGCGGCGGCGGCGCUGACGCCCUUCACCGUGACACGGCGGAUCGGGCAUCCUUACCAGAACCGGACUCCGCCGAAGCGCAAGAAACCGCGGACAUCCUUCUCCCGGGUGCAGAUCUGCGAGCUGGAGAAGCGCUUCCAUCGGCAGAAGUACCUGGCCUCGGCCGAGCGCGCUGCCCUCGCCAAGUCCCUCAAGAUGACGGACGCCCAGGUGAAGACCUGGUUCCAGAACCGGCGCACCAAGUGGCGGCGGCAGACGGCGGAGGAGCGGGAGGCCGAGCGGCAGCAGGCGAGCCGGCUGAUGCUGCAGCUGCAGCACGACGCCUUCCAGAAGUCGCUGAACGAGUCGAUCCAGCCCGACCCGCUGUGCCUGCACAACUCGUCGCUGUUCGCGCUGCAGAACCUGCAGCCCUGGGAGGAGGAGAGCGCCAAGAUCCCCCCGGUCACCUCGCUCGUCUGAGCCCGGCAGACGGGGCACGCAGCGGACUGGCCCCGGAGCGCGGCCGGCGGC